GUGGCGGCAGCUGCGAGCGGUGCGGAGCCGCGCGGGCGCGGGCAGCGGGAGGCGGCGGCUCGGGCGCGUUGCGGCGCCGUUCCCGGUAGGAGCCUGCAGUCCCCGCCGGUGCUGCUACUCUACUGCUGGUGCUGCUGCUGCACGAUCCAGUUACUGGAAGCAUUCUACAUGAUCAAGCCUUGUUUUUUGAGAAACUUAUUUGUGAAUAAAUAAACUUAAAAUUUAAGUAGGAACCUGCAAGUGACCUAACAUCAUGGUGGCCCUAUCUCUGAAGAUCUGUGUCCGCCAGUGCAAUGUGGUGAAGACGAUGCAGUUUGAACCAUCCACAGCGGUGUAUGAUGCAUGUAGAGUUAUCCGUGAACGAGUACCUGAGGCUCAAACAGGGCAAGCCUCUGACUAUGGACUCUUCUUAUCAGAUGAAGAUCCUCGCAAAGGUAUAUGGUUGGAAGCUGGAAGAACACUGGAUUAUUACAUGCUGCGAAAUGGGGAUAUUUUGGAAUACAAGAAAAAGCAGAGACCUCAAAAAAUACGGAUGCUGGAUGGGUCAGUGAAAACUGUUAUGGUGGAUGAUUCUAAAACUGUUGGUGAAUUACUUGUCACCAUUUGCAGCAGGAUAGGAAUAACAAAUUAUGAAGAGUACUCCCUAAUCCAGGAGAGCAUGGAAGAGAAAAAGGAGGAGGGAACAGGAACACUUAAGAAAGACAGGACAUUGUUACGAGAUGAGAGAAAAAUGGAGAAGUUGAAGGCAAAGCUCCAUACAGAUGAUGACUUAAACUGGCUAGAUCACAGUCGAACAUUCAGAGAACAAGGAGUUGAUGAAAAUGAAACACUGCUGCUGAGGCGGAAGUUCUUUUAUUCAGACCAGAACGUAGACUCAAGAGAUCCUGUUCAGCUGAACUUGCUUUAUGUUCAGGCUCGAGAUGACAUCCUGAAUGGCUCCCAUCCGGUCUCCUUCGAGAAGGCUUGUGAGUUUGGAGGCUUUCAAGCACAGAUUCAGUUUGGACCUCAUGUGGAGCACAAACACAAGCCUGGAUUCUUGGACCUAAAAGAAUUCCUGCCUAAAGAAUACAUCAAACAAAGAGGAUCUGAAAAGAGAAUAUUUCAGGAACACAAGAACUGUGGAGAAAUGACAGAAAUAGAAGCCAAGGUGAAGUAUGUGAAGCUUGCACGGUCCCUAAGGACAUAUGGAGUGUCCUUUUUUCUUGUUAAGGAAAAAAUGAAAGGCAAAAACAAGUUGGUUCCUCGCUUGCUGGGUGUUACCAAAGACUCAGUGAUGCGCGUGGAUGAGAAGACUAAGGAAGUGUUGCAGGAAUGGCCACUGACAACUGUAAAACGCUGGGCUGCUUCUCCCAAAAGCUUUACUCUGGAUUUUGGGGAGUAUCAAGAAAGUUACUACUCUGUGCAGACCACUGAAGGAGAGCAGAUCUCUCAGCUAAUUGCAGGUUACAUUGACAUCAUUCUGAAGAAGAAGCAAAGUAAGGAUAGAUUUGGGCUUGAAGGAGAUGAGGAAUCAACAAUGUUGGAAGAAUCUGUUUCACCUAAAAAAUCCACCAUUCUGCAGCAACAGUUCAACCGGACAGGGAAGGUUGAGCAUGGCUCAGUAGCAUUGCCUGCUGUUAUGCGUUCAGGCUCUAGCGGCCCAGAAACUUUCAACAUUGGCAGUAUGCCUUCGGCCCAGCAGCAGGUCAUGAUUGGACAAAUGCACAGAGGGCACAUGCCUCCACUGACCUCAGCACAGCAGGCCUUGAUGGGGACUAUAAAUACUAGUAUGCACGCCGUUCAGCAGGCACAGGCUGACCUCAAUGAAGUUGAUAACCUACCACCUCUAGGACAAGACAUGGCAUCGAGGGUAUGGGUUCAGAACAAAGUUGAUGAAUCAAAACAUGAAAUACACUCUCAGGUUGAUGCCAUCACUGCAGGAACUGCUUCUGUUGUUAAUCUCACAGCAGGUGACCCAGUUGACACUGAUUACACAGCUGUGGGGUGUGCAAUUACAACUAUCUCUUCCAACCUAACGGAGAUGUCCAAAGGUGUGAAGCUGCUUGCUGCCCUUAUGGAUGAUGAAGUUGGAAGUGGGGAGGACCUCUUGAAAGCUGCUCGAACUCUGGCUGGUGCUGUCUCAGACCUGCUGAAAGCUGUGCAGCCCACUUCAGGAGAACCUCGCCAGACAGUUUUGACAGCAGCUGGAAGCAUCGGGCAAGCCAGUGGGGAGCUCCUGAGACAGAUUGGAGAGAAUGAAACUGAUGAAAGAUUCCAGGAUGUACUGAUGAGUCUUGCCAAAGCUGUUGCAAAUGCUGCUGCCAUGUUGGUACUGAAGGCUAAGAAUGUGGCUCAAGUUGCCGAGGAUACAGUCCUGCAGAACAGAGUUAUUGCUGCUGCCACACAAUGUGCACUCUCCACUUCUCAGCUUGUGGCUUGUGCCAAGGUUGUGAGUCCCACCAUUAGCUCCCCUGUGUGCCAGGAACAGCUGAUUGAGGCUGGGAAACUGGUGGAUCGUUCAGUGGAGAAUUGUGUCAGAGCCUGUCAGGCUGCCACAGAUGAUACUGAGUUGCUGAAGCAGGUCAGCGCAGCAGCCAGUGUAGUCAGCCAGGCUCUGAAUGACCUCUUGCAGCAUGUCCGCCAGUUUGCCAGCAGGGGAGAACCAAUUGGACGCUAUGACCAGGCAACAGAUACCAUCAUGUGUGUGACUGAAAGUAUCUUCAGUUCAAUGGGAGAUGCUGGGGAAAUGGUGCGACAGGCCAGGGUCCUCGCUCAAGCUACUUCUGAUCUCGUCAAUGCCAUGAGGUCAGAUGCUGAAGCUGAGAUUGACAUGGACAACUCCAAGAAACUUCUAGCUGCAGCUAAACUUUUGGCAGAUUCUACAGCCCGCAUGGUGGAAGCUGCAAAGGGAGCUGCAGCAAAUCCUGAAAAUGAAGAUCAACAGCAGAGACUGAGAGAAGCAGCAGAGGGGCUGCGAGUUGCAACAAAUGCAGCUGCCCAGAAUGCCAUCAAGAAGAAAAUUGUCAACAGACUGGAGAUUGCAGCAAAACAAGCUGCCGCUGCCGCUACUCAAACAAUUGCAGCUUCUCAGAAUGCAGCUGUUUCCAACAAGAAUACAGCAGCACACCAGCAACUUGUCCAGAGCUGCAAGAACGUUGCUGACCACAUUCCUCAGUUGGUACAGGGAGUGAGGGGGAGUCAAGCGCAGGCAGAAGAUCUCAGUGCUCAGCUUGCUCUGAUAAAUUCCAGCCAGAACUUCCUUCAGCCAGGAAGUAAGAUGGUGGCAUCAGCCAAAGCUGCAGUACCCACAGUGACUGACCAAGCUGCAGCAAUGCAGCUAAGUCAGUGUGCCAAGAACCUUGCAACCAGCUUAGCUGAGUUGAGAACUGCCUCCCAAAAGGCUCACGAAGCAUGUGGUCCAAUGGAAAUUGAUUCUGCUUUGAAUACAGUCCAGACACUCAAAAGUGAACUGCAAGAUGCAAAGAUGGCAGCUGUUGAUGGACAGUUAAAACCACUCCCAGGAGAAACGCUUGAAAAAUGUGCUCAAGACCUAGGAAGCACAUCCAAAGCUGUUGGUUCAUCAAUGGCCCAGCUGUUGACUUGUGCUGCUCAAGGCAAUGAGCACUACACAGGGGUCGCUGCCAGAGAGACAGCUCAAGCUCUGAAGACUUUGGCUCAGGCAGCACGAGGGGUUGCGGCAUCUACUACUGACCCCGUGGCAGCACAUGCUAUGUUAGAUUCAGCAAGGGAUGUCAUGGAAGGCUCUGCUAUGCUUAUUCAGGAAGCAAAGAAGGCUCUGGCAGCACCUGGGGAUGCAGAGAGUCAGCAAAGAUUAGCCCAGGUGGCCAAAGCAGUUUCCCAUUCAUUGAAUAACUGUGUGAAUUGUCUACCUGGACAAAAGGAUGUGGAUGUGGCCUUGAAGAGUAUUGGAGAAUCUAGCAAAAAGCUACUUGUUGAUUCGCUGCCUCCAAGUUCUAAAUCUUUCCAAGAAGCACAAAGUGAACUGAACCAGGCUGCAGCAGAUCUGAACCAGUCAGCAGGAGAAGUAGUUCAUGCUACACGGGGUCAAAGUGGAGAGUUGGCAGCAGCCUCUGGAAAGUUCAGUGAUGAUUUUGAUGAGUUCCUUGAUGCUGGCAUUGAAAUGGCUGGUCAAGCACAAACUAAAGAGGACCAGAUUCAAGUAAUAGGGAACCUCAAGAACAUCUCUAUGGCUUCCAGCAAGCUUUUGUUGGCUGCCAAGUCUCUCUCUGUUGAUCCUGGAGCUCCUAAUGCCAAGAACCUCUUAGCAGCAGCUGCCAGAGCAGUGACCGAGAGUAUUAAUCAGCUCAUCACUCUGUGCACCCAGCAGGCUCCUGGACAGAAGGAAUGUGACAACGCUCUCAGGGAACUAGAGACAGUUAAGGGAAUGCUGGAUAAUCCCAAUGAGCCUGUAAGCGACCUCUCGUAUUUUGAUUGCAUUGAGGGUGUAAUGGAAAACUCCAAGGUUCUCGGAGAGUCAAUGGCAGGCAUUUCUCAGAAUGCCAAAACUGGGGACCUGCUAGUUUUUGGAGAAUGUGUUGGAGUUGCUUCCAAGGCUCUUUGUGGUCUCACAGAGGCUGCAGCCCAGGCUGCCUAUCUAGUGGGCAUCUCAGAUCCCAACAGUCAGGCUGGGCAGCAGGGACUUGUUGAUCCUAUUCAGUUUGCCAGGGCCAACCAGGCAAUCCAGAUGGCAUGUCAGAAUCUGGUGGAUCCAGCAAGCAGUCCAUCACAGGUUUUGUCAGCUGCUACAAUAGUGGCCAAACAUACAUCUGCUUUGUGUAAUGCUUGCCGUAUUGCUUCAUCAAAGACUGCCAACCCUGUUGCCAAGAGACAUUUUGUGCAAUCUGCCAAGGAAGUUGCAAAUAGCACUGCUAACCUGGUCAAAACUAUCAAGGCUCUGGAUGGUGAUUUCUCCGAAGAUAACCGAAACAAGUGUAGAAUUGCAACUGCUCCUUUGAUUGAAGCUGUGGAAAAUCUGACAGCAUUUGCUUCAAAUCCAGAAUUUGUCAGCAUACCAGCCCAGAUCAGUGCUGAGGGAUCUCGAGCACAGGAGCCAAUUUUGAUUUCUGCAAAGACAAUGUUGGAGAGUUCAUCUUCACUGAUCAAAACUGCCCGUUCAUUGGCCAUCAAUCCAAAAGACCCACCUACUUGGUCUGUACUAGCUGGGCAUUCGCACACAGUUUCAGAUUCUAUUAAGAGUCUUAUCACCUCUAUUAGGGACAAGGCCCCUGGUCAGAGAGAAUGCGAUUACUCCAUUGAUGGAAUCAACAGGUGUAUCAGAGACAUUGAGCAGGCUUCUCUUGCAGCAGUCAGUCAGAACUUGGCUACAAGGGAUGACAUUUCUGUUGAAGCUUUACAGGAGCAGUUGACAUCAGUUGUUCAGGAAAUCGGACACCUUAUUGAUCCCAUAGCUACUGCAGCUCGAGGAGAGGCAGCUCAGCUGGGACACAAGGUUACACAGUUGGCAAGCUACUUUGAACCUCUGGUUUUAGCUGCAGUUGGCGUGGCAUCCAAGAUGUUAGAUCAUCAACAACAAAUGACUGUGCUGGACCAGACCAAGACACUAGCAGAAUCUGCCCUUCAGAUGCUGUACGCAGCCAAAGAGGGAGGAGGAAAUCCCAAGGCAUCACACACUCAUGAUGCUAUCACAGAGGCUGCCCAACUGAUGAAGGAGGCUGUGGAUGAUAUAAUGGUUACCUUGAAUGAAGCUGCCAGUGAAGUGGGCUUGGUUGGAGGAAUGGUAGAUUCAAUAGCUGAGGCAAUGAACAAGUUGGAUGAGGGCACUCCUCCAGAUCCAAAGGGAACUUUUGUUGAUUACCAAACAACUGUGGUGAAGUAUUCUAAAGCAAUUGCUGUAACAGCCCAAGAAAUGAUGACUAAGUCGGUUACUAACCCGGAGGAAUUGGGCGGACUUGCAUCACAAAUGACCAAUGACUAUGGGCAUUUGGCUCUCCAGGGCCGAAUGGCAGCAGCCACAGCUGAACCAGAGGAGAUAGGAUUCCAGAUCAGGACCCGGGUGCAGGAACUUGGUCAUGGAUGUAUCUUUCUGGUUCAGAAAGCUGGAGCUCUCCAGAUUUGCCCUACAGACAGCUACACCAAACGGGAGUUGAUAGAAUGUGCUCGUGCUGUCACUGAAAAAGUUUCUUUGGUUUUGUCUGCCCUGCAAGCAGGAAACAAGGGCACUCAGGCUUGUAUCACUGCAGCUAGCGCUGUUUCUGGGAUAAUUGCAGAUCUGGACACAACUAUCAUGUUUGCCACAGCGGGAACCCUUAAUGCUGAGAACAAUGAAUCAUUUGCAGACCACAGGGAAAAUAUACUGAAAACCGCAAAAGCUUUGGUUGAAGAUACAAAACUGCUGGUAUCUGGUGCUGCCUCAAGUCAAGACAAACUGGCCCAAGCAGCUCAGUCAUCAGCUAACACCAUUACCCAGCUAGCAGAGGUGGUAAAACUGGGAGCAGCUAGCUUGGGAUCAGAUGACCCUGAAACACAGGUUGUAUUGAUCAAUGCUAUUAAAGAUGUUGCUAAGGCCCUUUCUGACCUCAUUGGUGCUACCAAAGGAGCUGCUAGCAAACCAGCAGAUGAUCCAUCCAUGUACCAGCUGAAGGGAGCUGCUAAGGUGAUGGUAACAAAUGUCACAUCACUUUUGAAAACUGUUAAAGCAGUAGAAGAUGAAGCUACUCGAGGCACAAGAGCUCUUGAAGCCACAAUCGAGUACAUCAAACAGGAACUCACGGUGUUUCAAUCAAAGGAGGUUCCAGAAAAGACAUCAUCACCUGAAGAAUCAAUUCGGAUGACGAAAGGAAUCACCAUGGCAACUGCCAAAGCUGUUGCAGCUGGGAACUCAUGCAGACAGGAGGAUGUGAUAGCUACAGCGAAUCUGAGCCGCAAAGCAGUAGCUGACAUGCUAACAGCUUGUAAGCAAGCUUCAUAUCACCAAGAUGUGAGUGAAGAUGUUCGAGAGAGAGCACUGCGAUUUGGAAUAGAAUGUACCUUGGGAUACUUGGAACUCCUAGAGCACGUCCUCCUGAUUCUUCAGAAACCAACCCCAGAGCUGAAGCAUCAGUUGGCUGCCUUCUCAAAACGGGUUGCUGGUGCUGUUACAGAGCUUAUCCAAUCAGCAGAAGCAAUGAAAGGCACAGAGUGGGUGGAUCCAGAGGACCCGACUGUCAUUGCUGAGACAGAGCUGCUGGGGGCUGCAGCAUCAAUUGAAGCUGCAGCAAAGAAGUUAGAGCAGCUGAAACCAAGGGCCAAGCCAAAGCAAGCAGAUGAAACUCUGGAUUUUGAAGAACAGAUCCUGGAAGCAGCUAAAUCCAUUGCAGCUGCUACCAGUGCCCUCGUCAAGUCAGCCUCAGCAGCCCAGAGGGAGCUGGUGGCACAGGGAAAGGUUGGAGCAAUCCCUGCAAAUGCAGCUGAUGAUGGACAGUGGUCUCAGGGACUUAUUUCUGCUGCUCGGAUGGUGGCAGCUGCAACCAGUAAUCUGUGUGAAGCAGCUAAUGCUUCAGUACAAGGUCAUGCUAGUGAGGAGAAACUCAUCUCAUCUGCCAAACAAGUGGCAGCCUCUACAGCUCAGUUGCUUGUGGCUUGUAAGGUGAAGGCUGAUCAAGACUCUGAGGCCAUGAGGAGGUUACAGGCUGCAGGAAAUGCUGUCAAACGAGCAUCUGACAAUCUUGUUAGGGCAGCCCAAAAAGCAGCAUUUGGGAAGGCAGAUGACGAUGAUGUGGUAGUCAAAACCAAAUUUGUGGGUGGUAUUGCUCAGAUCAUUGCAGCCCAGGAAGAAAUGCUGAAGAAGGAAAGAGAACUAGAAGAGGCAAGGAAAAAACUGGCUCAGAUCCGCCAGCAGCAGUACAAGUUUCUACCCACAGAACUAAGAGAAGAUGAGGGAUAACCUGCUGAGACAUUUAAAAAAAAAAUAAGCUAAAGGGGACAGUACAGAGAACUGAUCUGACAAUAUUCUGAUAGGCCAAGCACUUACCUAAACAAACUGCCUGUGAUAGCUUUGGGUGAGCAGAGGACAAUAAACAUUUGUCCUUUCUCACCUGUUCAGCUAAGGUGCGUAAUCAUAGAUGGUACAGUGUUAAGCUCAUCAUUCCUGUUCCUUCCUUCCCUGACUUGUAUAUCUCAGGAGAGAAUGCCUCACUUUUACAAUGAUUAUAAAAUCAGUAUUAUGUCAUUAUCUGAAGCUAAAUCUAUUUAUUGUCCUUUGACGUGCUGUAAGACAUUCAUAAUAUUAAUAGGAAACCAGUAUGAAAAAUCAUUAAUGUCAGAAAUAUCUACCAGUAUGGAAAUAGUAGGGUUUUUUCUCCUUCCAACAAAAAAACCGUGGUUGAGGUAGAUAUAUUUUUGAGAGGAAAAAGGCACAUAAGCAUGGAUUCUAAGGAGUUUUGUCCUUUUAACAGUGUUAUAUAGCUGGUUCAUCCCCAGAUUGGAGGAAUCAUCUUUGUACUGUUUGCACUAGUUUCCUUAGUUCCUAUCUAAUAUCAACCUAGCUUCUGCUUGUACAGUGUUUUAGUCACAGUUCUCUGGCCUGCAAAAUGUGGCAACAUCCAUUCUUUUCUGAGUUCAAAUAGACAAAGAAAUGGAAACCUUGUUACAGCCUCAAUAAUAGCAGGUUUGUGAAGGAAAAUGCUUUUCAAAUAUAUACCUCUCAAUGUGCGACUACUCUGAGAAUAAGAAACAUACACAUGCUUGGACUGAAUAGCCUUUUUGGUUAAACUUACCUGGCUCAAACUGUUUCUGCUAGAAUGUAUGCUAGCUGAAGAAGAGAGGUUCUCAGCACAGCAGAAGACUAUCAGAAUUCUUCCUCCUUUAAGGAUUUUGUUUCUUAUAUUUUGUUUUCAAAUCAAGGGUUUUUGUAGAAAACAGUAACUAGUGAUUCACAAAAGGCUCUUUUCUGUAAUGUGAAAGAACCUCUGAAGAAUUGGGAGUGCAUAUAAUCUCAGUUUGCAUUGAUUCAAAUGCCUUUCUCUAAGGAUCUGCACUGCAGAGAAGGAAUAGCAGUUACUCUGUUUCAUUUUGAACUGCAAUAGGUACUGUAUGUUUUAAGUUUCCGUAAUGUGGUAUAAAUCCACAGUAUAGACUACAACAAUAGCGUGACAUCUUUCACAGGAUGGAUAGGGGCAAUAACGUAUUUUAUCCUCUCUGAUUAAAAACAUACUAAGCAGAAACUGGAUCUAGCAAAACUUACUUAUUUGAACAGCUGCACAAACACCCUCUCUUUUAAUCAUGGAUCCCCCACACACUUUCACCCUAGCACAAGCCCCUGAGAAAAUAAUGCCAAGUCCAUUUGGGUCAAAGAAUGUUGCCCCUCCAGUCCUUCUGAAAGCCAUGCUGUCAUUUUAGAUUUCUCCCAACUACUUCAAACUGAGCCAGUUAUGUUAGAUACAUACCCACCUAAUUGUCAUUAUUGAAGAAGUACUUGUCAUGUAGACUUAAACGUAACCCUGUAGUGUUAGGAUUAUCUUUUUAAAUAUUGCUAACUUUUGCUUUAAGUUACUUGCAUGUAAUAUACAUAUUGGGAAUUCUGUCACACUAGCAUAAGUAUAUAGUAAAAAUGAAUAGAAAAUGAAUAAAUAUUAAAAUGUACAAAGAUUAUUAAGAGUGUUUGUUCUCUGAUGCUGAAGUAUUUCAGACUCAGUAGAAUUGUGGAUUCUUGGUAACUGAUGAGAGAGCAAUUGGCAAACCCUGUGUAGAAUUACUUUAAUAUGGGCAGAUAUGGACUGACUUGGUCAUGUCCAAAUUGAGCCUCUGCCCUACUUGUGUAAAAUCAGGUGAAAUGAGACUGUGAACGUUAUGUGCAGCCUUUCUGCACACAGGCACACAACUGCCUCCAGAGAGACUCCAUGAUGUGUUCUACAAUUCUAGCGUUAGCUCUAUAGGUUAGAUUUUCAUCAUUACUUUGUGCAGCAAGUUCUUUGGGCAGUGACAAAUCCGUCUAUGUUAAGAACUCUCGAGACAAAUGACAAAAUUGUCAUUUUUUUAUUUUAAAUAACAUAGAAGGCUUGAAACAGUUUAUUUUCACAGGACCUAAAUAAAUGUGGUCUCAUGAUAGGAUCUUCUGCUGCUGUUCUUCAUUUAGGAUGCUUGGGUUCUAGAUCGUAGUUCUUUCUCUUCCUUACCUGGAUAGCUUCAUAUUUUAGUCUAUAUUCUAGUCUUUCUUUUUGGAAUGCUCUGAAUCAUGGUAUUUUGUUUUACCUGUUUGUUGCUAUUUUACAUGCUACUUCAGUUUUGACCUUUAAGUAUCCUAUUAUUUACGUACUGUAAAUCCACUUUCCUUAAUGCUGUACCCGUAUUUUGUUGUGGUCACUGUAAUGUCAUAGCUUUUAAGCAGAAACACAGUAAGAAUGGUAUUUGCUUGUUUUAGGGAAAGGAGUAAGCCAAAAUAGUAAAAAGAUUAAAUUAAAUACAGAUACUCUACUGAUAAAAAGUUUACAAGCUUGUAGGAAAAAGUUAUGUUCCCAUCAUCCAAGUUGCUUGGAACAUUAAUUUAAUUAUUGUACCUAAGGUAUCAUUCUUUCCUCAUUGAACACUACUCCAGACACAGUAUUGUUCAUACCUUUCUUCCCCUUUGACUUGUGGCCAACAAAGGAACCACAGGUAGAUUGGGAUGUACAACAGAACAGAUGUAUUAUUUUUAGCUUAUGUUUUGGCAGUAAAAUUGAAAUCCACAUUAGAGCAUUUAUGGUAUUUAAGAAGUGGUAUAGUUAUUUAGUGUGAGGAAAUCACAGACCAGGAUAAGGGCUGGAUGAGUAUUAGUCUUCCUUGUUUGUCUGUUCUACUAGUUUUAAAAUUUUGAAAUGGCAAACAAAGUGAUACAGUUUCUUGCCAUCUUCAUCUAGACCUCACUUCAAGAAAUAUAGAAAAAAAAGCAAAAUGCCUCAACAUUGGCUGUGCACAAAUAUUCUAGUCCUGUUUUAUUUACAUGUCCAGAUGAUAAGAUGGAGUUGGAAGAAAGAGAUCACAGUUUGUCUAACCUUUACUUCCUACACCUGUAACACUGAAGCUAAGGAAAGGGGAGAAGUUUAAAUUAAAUUUGAGCUCUUUCUUUCAUUUGUCCAUUUCCCAUUAAACUCCUGCUUUUUCUCUGGCUAAUUUCUGUUGGGGGAACACAUCAGACUUUUGACAUGAAUUAUCUUUUAAAUUUAUUUAGCACAUAAACAUAACUUCAUACCAGAUCUGACCUUAGAACAUGCUGAUGACAGACAUUUCCAUCAAGGAACAUGUCAUGUUGUCUUUUUGUGCCAUAGCUAAUUCAUUAGAUAUGCCCCAAAGGUACUUUUUGCAUUUUUUUGAUUUGUUGAUUUUGGUUUGUUUGGGGUUUUUUUAAUCACUACUCUUGGAGCCUUUUGUGCCUUAUGUCUUGUCAGAGCUCCUGCCCUAAUAUAACUAUACUAUGCACUGAAGGUCAGCAAAAGGAGAUAGUGUGUAUAGGUAUGUGGAAUCUAAUCCUCCUUCCCUAGGCAGUAUUCAUUCUAGAACCAGCUCUUUAUAUAUAAGCAGCAGUGCACUGAUUUAAAAUGCAUUCAUGUCACUUGUGCUUGCUCUUGUAGAAUUCACAUGGCAAAUACAAAGCAAGUACUCUUCUGGGUAAUACAUGUUUAUCUACCUGCUACUGAUUGCCAUAUUUUCUUACAUGCAACAAAUAAAUGUGCAACUUGUUUUUGAAAGGUUUAUUAAAGAAAAAAAAGAUCUUUCUGUGAAAAUACUGGUAUAUAGCAGCAGGUAACUGAGUAGCAGCUUCUGCAGCCUGAGCCUCUUCCAGGGGCCAGGGGUGGGAGGAGGAAGCUGGGAAGUGUCCAGAGCCAGCAGUUAUGGAGCCCCAGGUGAUGCACUGCAGUUACUUUCACUUCUCCCAAAUACACUCUCCAGAGGCAACGUUUAUUACUCUAAGUCCUCACAAUGUGCGUCCUAAUUUCCCACAGCUGAAUUUUUUGGGGGGAAGGUCCAUGUUAUAUGCAAGAAAAUACAGUACUAUUUUCCCUGUACUUACAAACUAACCACUAGCUUUGGAGAAAACUAAUUAGUUUGGUGCUAAUAUUCUCUAAACUAUAUUCUAUUGUAACAUCUCAAAGCAGAAGAUAUUAGAAACCUUGCUAAAUUGUAUCUUACCCAUACAAGAGAUAAGUGGUAUUCAACAAUGAAAUUCCUCUCUACCUUAAUGCACUUAAAACUAUGAAUAUAAUAGAUAACACAAGUAAAACCACUUGCUAGUGCUUCAGAACUUAGUAAGUUUAAGUGAGCAUCUGUCUUUCAACAACAAAAAAACAGUCUGUAAACUGGAUGUGGGCUAAGAGGGGUUACUUGUUGCUUCAGUGCGUAAGAGAAGCCUAAUAUCAGCUUCAUGAUAUAGGUUUCUGUUUUAACUUCCUUGUAUGGCAACCACGUGUCUUUCAGUGUAGAAAUAAAGUGCAUAUGAUAGACAUCUUUUUCAUGCACUGUAUAUCAUUCACAUGUUGCAGUGUGAUUCCUAUAAAAGACUUUGUUUGUUUAGCCAGUAUCCCUGUCCAUCAGUGGAGUAAUAUAUUGAGUUGCAAGUAAGUAGGAUGGCAUUUAGGUUGGGUUUUUGUUUUUUUUUAAAUCAUACCAGUCUGGAUUUUUUUUCUAUCUGAAAUUUGCUAAUUUUAUUGGUAUUAUUGCAGCUGAAAAACUUUCCAAGUGAGACCGUUUAUAUAAAAGUGUGCUUGCAAGGGUGUGAGCUCUCAUUCUGCAUCUCAACUUUCUCAUAGAGCUUUAACCACAAGCAAAAGCAUGAAGGGGUUUAGCCAUACUGUUACACUGUAUGUAUGCUAUUUAUCUGGCCACAAAAAAUAUUUUUUGUAUUCACCAAAAAUAAACUUUUGAAGGAAUGACCACUCUG